AUGGGUGGUUGCCUAACUUGUUCCAAGUCUAGUUUUACAACAUGUUGUUCAUGUUGUAUUGCAAUAAACAACUUACUUGCAACUUUCGCCAAGAAAAAAAGAGUCGUAUUGGGGGUUGGAUUAUGUUUUCUGGUGUCUCUUUCCAUAAUGCUUUUUGCUGUAUUAACAAAAGACGUUUGCUAUUUUGGUCUACAAAUUCGUGGUCCAGGAAUGUAUGUGGUUACAAUAUCAUUAAUACUACUCAUCGGCUGCUCCACGCUUCUUUUGCAUUCUAUGUAUAGUGAAAAUGCUCCUUGGAUACUGGUUAUGGAUUUCUUAAUAUUUGCUCUUUGGAUAUGUCAUAUUGUUGGAUACAUUGUAGCUGCAGUUGCUUAUUCGAAAUCUGAAGAACAUGAAAAAGGUCACACGUCAAUACAUGGAUUUGUUUCCAUUUCUACAUUAGCGAUUUUAAUAUUGGAAAUUUCUUGGUUUAUGUUCAUAAUAAUAAUAUACAAGUUUUACUACACAAUUAAAGAAAAUAAAGAAAAACCAGAAACAUUUGAAGAAAACUGAAGAAAAACAUAUUUAUUUAUACGUAAAUAAGUCAUUUCGGGAAUAUAUUUUUAAGUCAAAUAAAAGUGGAAUA